GAGGAUUAGUCUCAAUUAGUUUGAACAGUCACCACAAGAAAUAUCUGAUUAACGAUAUUUUAAUUACAAGUAUAAGAUCAAUAAGACAAUAGUCUAUAGUUAAUAAUACUUAAUCACGAUUAUAAUGAACAUUUCAACAGUUAGUUAGCGUCAUAUAUCUGGAGAUUUGCACUCCACGAACAUUAUAAAUAUAGCUUAUUAUUAAUAGGGGUUACAUCAACAGCUUUAUUUCCAGGUUUUGGGGAGAGUUCAUCCAAGCAAGGAACUCACUCAUUCACUCACUAGUCACUACCAAUGCCGAAACAAAGGUUGGAGGGUAAGGUGGCUCUUAUCACUGGAGCAGCAAGUGGGAUUGGAGAAGAGACAGUGAGAUUGUUCGCUGAACAUGGAGCACUUAUUGUUGCAGCAGAUAUUCAAGAUGAACAAGGCCACCAAGUUGCAGCUUCAAUAGGGUCAGAGAGAGUGACCUACCACCAUUGUGAUGUGAGAGAUGAAAACCAAGUUGAAGAAACAAUCAAGUUCACUUUGGAAAAACAUGGUCGCAUAGAUGUUUUGUUCAGCAACGCGGGAAUAAUAGGUUCCUUAUCUGGGAUCCUUGACCUUGAUCUGAAUGAGUUUGACAACACAAUUGCCACAAAUGUUCGCGGUGUAGCCGCCACGAUUAAGCACACGGCACGUGCCAUGGUUGCUAAAAGCACCCGUGGAUCCAUCAUAUGCACCACAAGUGUGGCUGCUAUGAUUGGUGGAACUGGACCUCAUGGCUAUACCACAUCAAAACAUGCUCUUCUGGGGUUGGUGAAAUCAGCUUGUAGUGAACUUGGUGCUUAUGGAAUAAGAGUUAAUAGCAUAUCCCCUUUUGGAGUUGCAACACCUCUUGCAUGCAAAGCUUUCAACUUUGAACCUGAGCAAGUUGAAGCUAAUAGCUGCUCACAGGCUAAUCUAAAAGGUGUUGUGUUGAAGGCUAGGCAUAUAGCUGAAGCAGCUUUGUUUCUUGCUUCUGAUGAUGCUGUUUACAUCAGUGGUCACAACUUGGUGGUGGAUGGUGGCUUCUCUAUGGUUAAUAGAAGUUAUUCCUUCACACCAGCUUAAUUACAUGUAGAGCCAAAAAAACUAUAGUUUUGUGGCUGAUUGGCAUUAAUUUCUUUAUCCUCAUCAAGUAGAGAACAUAUAUGAUGUCAUGCAGUGCGUCAAAUUACCUUGUUACUGGGACUUUUUUUUUUUUCAUUUGCACUCUACUAAUAAUUCUGCAGUGUAUCUUCUUUGUUUGUAUUUUCAAAGCAUAAAUUCAUCAACCUUGUCUGCUUGUGACUCAAAAGCCUGUUUGCUUUCUAUGUACUUUUCCUUAUCUUGCGUUUAGGUCUUAGACUCAACUGUUUCGUUCCCUCUUUUUUUGUUGUUCCCCUCUUGUCCCCCCAUUUCUAUUGUUUUUCAAGUUUUGUUUA